AUGAUACUCCUGGCGAUUUUGGCGCCUAGCAGCUUCACGACGAGCAUAAAUUACGAGGAUCUGGAAACAGAGGCUACCUCUGGUUUCCAUCAUUACCAGGAGGGCGGCAACGAGGAUCGUCGCUCGGGUCACAAAGGUAAAUACGGAGAUGGCAACGACGUGGGCUACAACAGCCACCACGACUUCCAAGAAAAUAGCAAAGGCCAUCGCGACUUGAACCGUCACCACGAAAGCAUCUUCCGAAACGAUGACGAGAACGAGCAUCGCGGUCACGACGAUGGUUUCUACGACCAGCAUCGCGAGAGCGAAGAGGGUGAAAAUGGUGACUCCUUUUACAAAGAAGGUCACUAUAAGAAAGGAUACAACAUUCACGGUCACCACGAAGUGGAGAAUAUCGACGAGAUCAAGAAACACGAAGAAUUCCACGACGAGGACUACGAAUCUGACUUUGACGAGUACGAUGGCGGACAUUAUUACGAUUAUAUGUAUGGGAACGGCGGAUCUCAUGGGGAAGGACGUUACGAUCUUGGUAGUUACGAUGGUGACUAUGAGAAGAAAGGUUACCACGACAAUGGGUAUGGUCUCAGUGGUUAUAAGGGAUACAAUGGAGUCGAUGGUCACGAGGAUUAUUAUCAGAACGAUUAUCAUCAGGGGAACACGGAUGCGUCCGGUGGGAGGAAGUGA